CCCGCGCGCCCCCGGUAGGCCCCGCAGGCGCGGCCCGGCCAUGCUGGCCAAGAGGAAGCCGGUGCUACCGGCCCUCACCAUCGCCCCCAGCGCCGCUGAGGGGCCGAGCCCCGACGGCUCCGCAGAGGCAAACCUGGUGGACCUGCAGAAGAAGCUGGAGGAGCUGGAGCUGGAUGAGCAGCAGAAGAAGCGCCUGGAAGCUUUCCUCACACAGAAAGCCAAAGUGGGCGAGCUGAAGGAUGAUGACUUUGAGAGGAUCUCUGAACUGGGGGCUGGCAAUGGUGGUGUGGUCACCAAAGUGCAGCACAAACCCUCAGGGCUCAUUAUGGCACGGAAGCUGAUUCAUUUAGAAAUUAAACCAGCCAUCAGGAACCAGAUCAUCCGAGAGCUGCAGGUGCUGCAUGAGUGCAAUUCCCCGUACAUCGUGGGUUUCUAUGGAGCCUUCUACAGUGACGGAGAGAUCUCCAUCUGCAUGGAGCACAUGGAUGGUGGCUCUUUGGAUCAAGUGUUGAAGGAAGCCAAAAGAAUUCCCGAGGAGAUCUUGGGGAAAGUCAGUAUAGCGGUUCUAAGAGGCUUGGCCUAUCUGAGAGAGAAGCACCAAAUCAUGCACAGAGAUGUGAAGCCUUCCAACAUCCUGGUUAACUCUCGAGGAGAGAUCAAGCUGUGUGAUUUUGGGGUCAGCGGUCAGCUCAUUGACUCCAUGGCAAACUCUUUUGUGGGAACUCGGUCCUACAUGUCUCCCGAGCGGUUGCAGGGCACCCACUACUCGGUCCAGUCUGACAUCUGGAGCAUGGGGCUGUCGUUAGUGGAGCUGUCUAUCGGAAGGUACCCAAUCCCCCCGCCAGACUCCAAGGAACUGGAAGCAAUAUUUGGCCGUCCCAUGGUGGACGGGGCAGAGGGAGACUCUCACAGCAUCUCGCCGCGGGCCAGGCCCCCAGGACGCCCCGUCAGUGGCCAUGGGAUGGACAGCCGGCCUGCCAUGGCCAUCUUUGAACUGCUGGAUUAUAUAGUUAAUGAGCCACCUCCCAAGCUGCCCAAUGGAGUUUUCACACAAGACUUCCAGGAGUUUGUAAAUAAAUGCUUAAUUAAAAACCCAGCAGAGAGGGCAGAUCUGAAGAUGCUGAUGAGUCACACGUUCAUCAAGCGCUCCGAGGUGGAGGAGGUGGAUUUCGCAGGCUGGUUGUGCCGAACGCUGCGGCUCAACCAGCCCAGCACCCCCACCCGUGCUGCCGUGUGAGGGGCAGCACCUCUGCCUCCCCCUCCCGCAGGCCACACAAGCGCCCUCCCUUCUUCCUCCUCCUUCCUCCUCCUCGCAUCCAGCGGCAACGCAGCAUCAUCCCCUCGGAAGCAUCUCUCGGCCGCCCUGCAGCCGGAGCAGGGUUGGUUCCUAUGGAUGGAUGGGGGGGGGGGUUCCAGACCUCUGCUCCGGAUCCGGAGCUCCUGACACUUGGGAAAUGCGGUGCUGCUUCUGUUCAUUUUGGUUUGGUUUGGUUUUGAAACAUGUUCAUUUGGGUUAAAAACAGACAAGAAUGGGGUGUGUGUGCACACGUGCACGUGUGUGAGACGUGGCCCAACCUCCACCUCCUCCUGCUGCGCUCCGAUGUGGAGAAAUGAGGGAAGGGGAUGGAGAAACCCUGCCUUGGGUGGCCGGGAAUGGUGUUGCUUUCCCAUCCCUUUCCAAGCGCUGGGAUGGGGGUUAGUGGUUGAGCAGAGCUGUGAGCUGCCUCCUGGCCCUGCUGCAGGUGGAGGAGAGGAGGGAGCUGUGUGUUCUCAUUGGAGGGUUGUGAUAGACCUGUUCUUGUCACACACACUGGGUGUUAAUGAAGGCUCUCCAUGUGUUGGAAUGGCAGGGAACUGGGGGCAGCUGUGGGCUGGGGGUGAGUGGAUCCAUGGCAAGCCCUGGCUUGGAGCUUUGGGUGGUUCCCUGGCUCCUUCCAGUGCAGGGAUGGGAGCAGAGCGGCUGGGGCCAGGGCAGGAGUGGGAUCCCCUAAGGAUGUCCUAAGGAUGGGAAUGGGUAAACCUCAUCCAGGCUCCUGGUUUUCCUUCUCCAGCUGCCUCUCACCAAGUGCCCUUGGCCAUGGGGAAUGGAGGAAAGCCCCAGGGUCCCUGCUGGACCCCCCUUGAGCCCCCCACUCUCCUGGGAUGGGGCUGGAGGGAGCCAAGGCUGAGCCUGGCAGAGCAGGGAUGAACCCCCCAGUACGACCAUGUUGUCCCCAGGCCCCACUGGCAUUACUGGGGGUCAUGGUCCCUCCUGGCUCUGUGUGUGUGUGUGUCCCAUGCCCAGGAAGAACCUCAUGCACCCCAUGGCUCUGGCUGAGCCCUGCUCUCGCCUCAUUUUCCACCCCCUGUGUGCAUUUUUGGGGGACCCAUUUCCCCCAAUGGGGCUUUGCGCUCCCCAAGGAGAUGAUUUUGGGAAGCUUGGUGCGAUUUUUACCAAUUUUCCUUCUUUUUCAGGCUGUUUUUCUUCCCAAAAGCAAGGGGGGGUUGUCAGGGCCCUGGUAACCCCAAGGCCCUCAUCUCCUGGGGACAACCACAUCCCCCCAAGGCAAUCCCAUGGGGAAACCCCACAUUUUGGGGGGGAGGGUUGGGGGUGUCUGUGCUCACUGGCUCAGCCUGGCUUGCUUGUAG